AUGUUAUUACAAUGCUGUGACCAAUGUGUUGAAGUGAUAAUCGUUUGCAUUACUCGGAGGACUCUUUCUAUCUACAAGCCCCUGGCACACCAUGUGAUAUUUGCAACUUUCGCCUGCAUAACUGUUCGGAGGAUGAGGCACAUUGACGUGUUAACCGGACUAUUGGCUUUGGCAGGCACGCUGAUUGCUAUCAUUGGUAAUAUCUUGGUCUGUUUGACGAUUUACAGAAAUUCUCGGCUUCGAACGCCCACAAAUGUGUACAUCGCGGCCCUAGCCAUUCUCGGUUUUUUAUUCGCCGUCUUCAUCGGGCCUACAGUAACGGCGACUCUUUUUGCAGGAGAGAGGUGGAUCUUUGGAAGACAAUUCUGCAGCUUUCAAGCGUUUAUGACGUUGUUCAUUGAAUUCGCUACUCUCCACACUAUGGCACUGACAGCAAUUAAUAGAUAUUGUCGAAUAACUAAACCAAAUAUUUACAAAAAGCUGUUUCCGUCCAAACGCCGAUCUUGUGGCAUUCUGGUUCUGAUUUGGGCAAUCCAAUUCGCAUUUAUACUGUCCUUCUCUUUGCCGUCCUUCGCGAAGUACGAGUUCAGUGAAAAGCGGAUAAGCUGCAUCCUGAUAUUCGACAGUUCCUCUGUAGACAUUGUCUACAGCACAGUUAAAGCGGCUUUAUAUUUUGGCGUGACAUCCGUAAUAGUGGUUUAUUGCUACGCUAAGGUGUUCUGUAACAUUCGAGAACACGCUCGCAAGAUCUCAUGCACGUUUCGAACGAGAGAUAGGCUGAACAUUGAAGAGAUAAAAAUAACUCGAACUGUGUUCGGCGUUGUGUUAUUCUUCUUGGCUUGCUGGAUCCCAGAGUACAUUAUAUCCAUUAUAACACGGUUGCAACCCAAUCAUUUACAUCCUUCAGCUAAUCGAGUCAUUGUGUUUUUCCUCUUUCUCAGCUGUUCCUUGACACCCUGGGUUUACGCAGUGACGAAUAGAGAAUUCCGAAAUGAAUUCAAACGCUUGUUGACUUGCAAAGCUAAGCGACGGGAAGAAGUGUCCGAUUUACCAGCGACUGUCGAGGAAGGUGAGAUGCCAUGCGUAAUUUCCGCUUCCACAAAGUCACCACGAAGAUAAUUACGCACUUUUAUUCUGUCUUAAAAAAAAAACAUAUUUUGCCCAAGAAGAACUUUUAAAGGUUUUUCAUCCAUUGAGUAGCAAGCUCUUUGAAGGCUAAAUAUGACAGUAGAUGAAAGCUUUUUAUAACUUGGAAGUACUGAUUUCGGAAGACCUUCGACACUUUAUUUAUGCAAAUUGAUCUGACGUUUGGAAGAAUAAUCUCCCCUUGUAUGAUUUUCAAGCACUAUUUUCUGGUUAAAAUUCACGUCGAGUCGUCUAAUCUUAGUUGUACAGGCAGUCUUCACUGCUCAGUAGGACUAGCAGAAAGAGAUCAACGCGUGAUACCUUCGCCUCAGUUGGAGAGAUCUUUGUUCAGUCCUCAAUUAGCAGUUAUGUGCUUCAUUUCAGCUCCCUCGGAACAUUCAGUAUGCAGUCGAUUCUAAGGUUACUUGGAAUCAUACAGUUUUGAGUUCAUUUGUAUAAAAUAACAUGCGCAUGAAAUAAAAAAACCCCUUUGUUGUAAGAGGAACGAUACGGUUGUCAUGUUACAAUAAGGAGUCCUUUUCUUUGAUGAUGAAAUUAUAAAUUUUUAGUGAAAAUUUAAGGAUCUAAGAUUAAUUUAGAACCACUUAGCAGCUUCUAAAUUUUGUUGAUACACUUUAUUGAUUUACUGAGCCGUGAUCGGUUAUAAUCACUUGACAAUUCCGUUUAAGCGGAAUUUCUUUUCAAUGAUUACACCUUUGCGGGGAUCAGCUUUAUAUUAAAAAACACAAUUUUAUCUCUACAAAAUGUAUUUUGUGUUAAUCUCUCUUGUCUUUCUCAUUCUUCCAUAUAAUUACUACAGUCUGGAUUCAGAAGAGGAACAGAAUCAUGUAUGUGCACCUGACCAUCCCCAGCCUAAAUGAAAUGUCGAGUUGUACCCAUCUUGCUUUGCGGUUCGGGGUUUUACAGGAAGUAUUUUAUUUCCCAAAACUGUUAACAGGAGCCUAGAAUUUUGGCUCCUCGGGAGAGUUCAUGGUAAUGCUUAAAAAUUCGUAUUUCAAGGAGCCUGGUAAAGUUAUAUCAGGUAAAAUUCAA